AUGGGUUGUUCGUGUACGGCAGCUUCCCAAUGUGCACAAGGACAUUGUCUUAAUAAUGCUUGUAAUAGCUUCAGUUGUUUUCUGGGUAGCACACAAAUAUUAAUGUGGGAUGGAACAACUAUAUCAAUUGAAAAUGCUCAAGUUGGUAUGGUAUUAGUCGGUUUGAAUAACGAAAACAACACUGUUUUGGCCGUUCGAAAAGAAACACUUGGCGAUCGACCGUUGUACGGUUUGAAUAGUGAAGAUGAAUUCAUUACACCAGAACAUCCGUUUAUUUCCGUCAAAAAUUUAUCCGUACAACUUGUUUUUGACCUUACUACAGCCAAUCAGGUACGCCCUGAUCUUAUUGAUCGUACUGAACAAAUUGAAAUUGGCAGUGAGUUAUAUCGAUGGAAUUCAACCACAAAUACACUUGAUAUUACGACAGUUCAAUCUAUAACAAAAACAUAUUCCUAUUCACGAAACACGACCCUCUAUCAGUUAAUCACGGAUUCACCUUCUGGCGUUAUGAGCAUUGUAGCUAAUGGUUAUUUAACUGCAACAGAGUGCAGUAAACUUGCAUUCGCACUUGCCGAUAAAGCUUAUCAAUCAAUUCUAAAUCAAGUGGGGUCACCAUUACCCCAGCCAACUACUCAGUAUCUAUCUGUUUGGCAUCAAAUUGCCGUUCCAAUCGUUGCACAAUUUCAAAAUGGACGAGUUCAUAGUGG